AUGGCAUCGUCAAGAAACCCCGCGGUCUUCCUGUACGGGCCAGGCAAAGCUCGCAUUGAAGACACGCCCGAACCCAGAAUCACCGAGCCGACAGACGCGAUCGUGAGGAUCAAGUAUGUAGGUGUAUGCGGAAGUGAUGUCCAUUUCUGGAACCACGGCGGCAUCAACGGCAAAUACGUGUCCGAGACGCUUCCACUCAUCAUGGGCCACGAAGCGUCCGGCACCGUCCACGCAGUCGGGGCGGCCGUCACGCACAUCAAGCCCGGUGACAACGUGGCCAUCGAACCCGGCCGACCGUGCCGGUCGUGCACCCGGUGCAAAGAAGGCCUCUACAACCUGUGCCCGUCGAUGAAGUUCGCCGCCUGCCCUCCCGACACGCCGGGCUGCCUGGCCAAAUACUACAAGAUCCCCGCCGACUUUUGCUACAAGCUGGCCCCCGGCGUGAGUCUCCAGGAGGGGGUCCUCGCCGAACCGCUCGCCGUCGCCGCCCACGCCGUGCGCAUGGUCAACGUCAAGCCCGGCCAGAGCGUCGUGGUGUUUGGGUCCGGAACCAUCGGCUUGGUCUGCGGCGCGGUGGCCCGCACGUUUGGAGCCAAAAAAGUCAUCGCUGUCGACAUCCUCGAUCACAAACUCGACUUUGCGCGGCGCCUCAGCAACGCGGCCACCUUCAAGCCGGACGUGGGCGCGUCCGCCGAAGAGAACGCCGCCAGGAUCGUCGAGGAAAACAAUCUCGGACUGGGCGCCGACGCCGUCAUCGAAGCCUCCGGCGCAGAGAGCUCCGUCAACACCGCGAUCCACGUCCUGCGCCCAGGAGGCGCGUUCGUGCAGACGGGGCUCGGGAAACCCGUCAUCAGCUUCCCCAUUGUGGCCAUGAGCGAAAAGGAGUUGCAUAUGCACGGCGCUUUCAGGUACAACACGGGAGAUUUCCGGGUCGCGUUGGACGUGCUCGAAAGUGGUGCCUUCCCGCUCAAGAGUCUCAUCACGAAAGUUUUCGAUUUCGAACAAACGACCGACGCGUGGGAAGAAACCAAACAUGGUCGGGGUAUCAAGAAUAUGAUUCGAGGCUAUGGACUCAACGAUCACUCCCGAGCUGCACACUUGUAA